UCCCCUUGCGGACAGUUGUUCUUUCCCAAUAUCUCUUAAGAGGUUGACCAUAUUCAGUGCUAGGCUUUCGUGUGAAGACAUGGCAGUUCUUGCGAAGUUGCCAAACCUGGAAGUGCUCAAACUCAGACGGGUCGAAUUCAGGCCUUCAGUAUGGAAACUAAAUGAUGAAGAUCAGUUCAAGCAGCUAAAGUUUCUCCUACUUGUUGAUAACACAGAUAUAAAGCAGUGGGAGGCUAGCAGUGUUAACUUCCCAAAUCUUCGACGCUUGGUGCUCCAUCAAAUCUGGAAUCUGAAGCGAAUCCCUCUAGCCUUUGCAGAAAUCUGCACCUUGGAGUCAAUUGAGUUAUAUAUGUGCUCGCGGAAUCUUGAGAAAUCAGCAAGAGAAAUUCAAGAGGAAGUAUCUUCUGUUGUAGGGAAUGAUUGCCUUCAUACUGGCAUCUAUAAUGAUUAUCACACUUAUAAAAGACGCAUUUGAAUCGCUUUUGCUUCCGUCAAGUAACAUGAAGCAAUAUCAGUCCAUGAUUUCAAGUUAAAAUCAGAGUGGUUUCUCUCUAUGCUCUUCUUACUGCUAUAACAUUUUAGGAUUGUAAUAGUGACUGUUUUUCUCCCUAUCAUCCUUCUUCCUCUUCUAACAUUUUAACUCUCUUUUUUCUCUUGAGGUUUUUCCACUCUUUUAUUUUG